CUGUGGGGGGCGGGGGAAGAAAAGCUACAGCCUGUUCAAUGAUUAGCAGGAAAUGGGCUUGCCUGCCAGAACUCGGCAUUAAGAUUUUGGCUCUCACUAUGCUAAUUCCCUAAAGGGUAGCCUCUCCCACUCUCCCUUCCCCCAAAAAGGGCAGUAUCAAAAGAAAAAUACUGGAGAAGCGGAAUCUGGAAAGGAAAAGCGGGUCCUGGGAGUUCAGAGUUGCUCCGACCUACGGGAAAACAGCCUGCAGAUGCAAACUGGGAGUUAGGGAAAAAUAGACUGGGCUUAAGCAACCUGCUACUGGGAUUUAGACAAAGAAGGUUUGAGAGAGGCAGAGGAAAGAGGAGGGAACGGCGCCUAAUGUCAGCUCCGGGGGGGAAACAGCCGCCAGGCUCUGUGAAUGAGAUGGAAAGUGAUCACUCCGCGUCCUCCCGGGCAGAAGAGGCAGCUGUUCCGACCAAAAUACCAACUCAGGUGGAAAAGUAAGUUUGGAGCAAGCACCUCAUGAUUUUGACUGUCUUUGAAACAUGCCUUCGUUGAUGCAGUAUCUUUUUGUAGUUCCUAUUUCUACUGUAGUUAUUUUUAUCCUGUUCUACAUGUUUAAUUUAUAUAGCGACCAAAGCCUUCAGAGGCUAAAUAUAACAAAUACUUUGGUUCUAGCCAAAGUCUGCAAUUCAUUUAUCAAAGGGAAAACAUCUUUCCUAUGGGAAAACCCGCUAACAGUAUCUGAGAAAUCUUGCAAAGAAUACUUGCUUCAAAGUCACUACAUAAAAACCUCUAUUUCCAAAGAAGAGGCUGAGUUUCCUUUGGCAUAUGCAAUGGUCAUACAUAAGGAUUUUGAGACCUUUGAGAGACUCUUCAGGGCUGUUUACAUGCCCCAAAAUGUUUACUGUGUUCACGUGGAUGAGAAGGCAACAGCUGAGUUUAAAGAUGCUGUGGGGAGAUUGGUGGGCUGCUUCCCCAAUGCUUUCCUUGCCUCCAAGUUGGAGCCAGUUGUCUAUGGUGGAAUAUCCAGGCUCCAGGCUGACCUGAACUGCAUGAAAGACCUUGUAGCCUCUAAGGUUCAGUGGAAGUAUCUUAUCAACACUUGUGGGCAAGAUUUUCCCCUUAAAACUAACAAGGAAAUAAUCCAGCAUUUGAAAGGAUUUAAAGGGAAAAAUAUCACCCCAGGGGUGCUGCCUCCUGCACAUGCUAUUGAAAGGACAAAAUACAUCCAUAGAGAGCAUCUGAGUCCAGAGGCAUCUUAUGUAAUAAACACCCAAGUGUUAAAAACCCCACCCCCCCACAAUCUGACUAUUUACUUUGGUUCUGCCUAUGUUGCCCUUACAAGGGAGUUUAUCAAUUUUGUUCUCCAAGAUCAGCGGGCCAUUGAUUUACUGCAAUGGUCUAAGGACACCUACAGUCCCGAUGAGCAUUUCUGGGUGACACUCAAUAGGAUUCCAGGUGUCCCUGGAUCCAUGCCAAAUGCAACCUGGGAAGGAAACCUCAGAGCUAUAAAGUGGAGCGAUAUGGAGCGUGAACAUGGAGGCUGUCAUGGUCAUUAUGUACGUGACAUUUGCAUCUUUGGAAACGGGGACUUAAAAUGGCUAUAUGACUCCCCAAAUAUGUUUGCUAACAAGUUUGAGCUGAAAACCUAUCCACUCACUUUAGAAUGCCUGGAGCUGAGGCUUAGAGAAAGAGCCUUAAACCAAAGUGAAACUGCUAUACAAUCAAGCUGGUAUCUUUGAUCCUCCAUGACUCAGGAUUCAAGAGAUUCAAGAUAGGAACAGAAGCUUAAUUAAUGACUUUCAGUUUGGAAAGCAAGCUCUUCAUUCCUUAAAGACUUGGUCUUUAUCAAGUCACAGUUUUCAAGGAUUAGCUCUAAGAUGAUGAUGAACAUUUUGGCUACCCAAGAUGAAACAUUGGCCAAAGCAGAAGCUUGUUUCCAAGUAAUAAGCAUGGACUGCUUGGGUAACUGACUUGAGCACCUGUGACUUUUUUCAUUCUACAAAUUUCAACUAUUGAUAUAUUAUAGAAAUAAUAAUUAGGCCGUGAUUUUAUUUAAAACUCUUGUUAUAUCUACACAUCAGAUAUCCGAAGCAUGUUGAAAUGUAAAGAAAAAAACUUAAUGCUCUUGUUCUUGUGACAAAACAUGAGUCUACCCCCAAGAAGUAAUUAUUUCCAAUUUAUAACAGUGCCACAGUGAGAUGUAGACAAAUUCCAUGUUCCUUCUAGCAUAUACACACUUAAUAAUAACUAGAUAUCUGGCUCUCUUUCCCCCAAACCCAGGCUGACGGAAUUGAAGCCAGACAUUGUUUCUUCAGUACUGAUGUCUUUGGUUUUCUGUGGUCUACAGAUUAUGUAUAUUUUAUAAUGUCUUCAGCAAAGGAUAAAGCAAGGCUUGAAACACUGAAUGAUGUCUGCUCCAUUGAAAAAAAAAAGUCUGUGAAAUUGUGCUUUCUCCAUUACAAAUUCUAGGUUUUCUGUGUCCUUGGCUCUUUUUUAUGUUUACCCACUGAGCAAGGAGUCGUGAUGCUAGCCUGUGUAUUUGCUGGAGAGCAGCUGUGAAAUGAAGAAAAUUUCAACUUUACUGAAUAUGGAUUUCUUCUCUGUGUGUAUGGGGAAGAAAAUGCACUUUUAUAUAUAUGUGGGAUUUGAAAAGGAAUGAAUUCCUAAGUGCUGCUUGAACUCUCUGUGGUAUCAGAGCUAAUCACUACAUCUUUCUGUGAUUCCUUCCAUGCCUUCUUACUAAGAGCAUCCUGGAGGGUAGAUUGUACUCUCUCUAGCAGAGCUUUAAAUUGAGCCAGUAUAAAAUAGCUUUGUCAGGUGGUAUCAGCUAUAGGAAUAUAAAACAGUACAGAUUUUGUUUCCAUUCUCCUUUUUAAUAAAACAAAACAAGCGACUCUAGGCAUUCAUUCACAGGAAGAAAAUUCUAAGACCCUCAAAAUUGAUCGAGGCAGUUAUCCCAGCACCAGGAGUUGUCGAGAUUCUAGAGAAUUCUAGAACCUCAUUCUUUUAAUGUGGUCAAUCAGGGUUUCAGAUACCCACACCUGAGUUUUCCAGUGUUGCCGUCAGGCCAUGGAGGCUUCAGGUCCAGGGACCAGCUUGAGACCAAAUUGAAGGGAAAGGAAAUUGGCCAACCACCUCGAGAGGAAAUAUUACAGGUUCUUUGGUAACUGGUUCUUCCUGUUAAAACAUUACAUUCAUUUCUGAAGCUGGAACCUACUCAGAAGGAGAGCAGAAGCUGCAAUUUUUUUCUUUAGAGAAAGAGUCAAUCAUUUUGUAUUCUUCUGUAUCAUCUUAGGCCAUUUUCCUGUGAUCAGGAGAAUGUUGUUCCCUCUAUGACAAAAGCCAGCUUCCUCAGUAACAUUUGAUUGAAGUCUGUGCUGGCAUCCCAUGAAUAAUUUGGAUUGCUACUCUUUUUUUACUUAAAAUUCUUACUAGAGAAUCAAUAGUAUAUAUUUAGAUAAGAAAAUGGUAUUUUUAAUUCUGUAAUUUGUGCUUGUUCAAAGUUAUACCUGUGUCACAUUUAAGGGGACCAACUUUGCCAAAGGGAAAAGUAUGAUUUUUCCUGUUAAAAAAUAGACCGACCAAUCCGAGAGGGAAGACCAACCAAGUUGUAACCAGUGAUGUCAGAAAAUAGAUUCUGAAGAUGUAAAUGAAAAAGCUGGAAGCAAAAGACUGGACUUUAUACACUGGACUUUGCCAGGAGAAAUCUUUCAGGAACAGAUGUUUACACGUCACUAUAGCUCUCCUCCACACUUUUCUGGGGGAAAGGGCUGGAGGGGAGCCUCAAGCUGAUAGAUGAUCACUGGCCUGCUCGGCAUGCCCUUAAACUACUGAAUAUGUCUUUGUUUUGAAUGACUUUUGUGUUAUAUUUUCAUUGAAAUAAAUUAAUAUAUUGCUAUCCACCUUUAUAGAACA